UUGAGGCUAUGAAGCUCAUAAAUGACCUGAUGCUUGUACAGAGUUCAGUGUGACGGUCGUGCUGCUGGUCUGUUUAACAGCCUCUGCACUGCCCUACUGCUAUCAGCUCAAACACACACACACACACACAAACACACACACACACACACACAAACACACACACACUACAGCAGGUCUAUCACAUGACGGCGUCCAGUGGGAGUCCAGUUCCGCCUUCUUUCCUUAACUGAAGUGAAUGAGGCGCAGGCGGCGUCUGGCUUUUAGCGGUGUGUAAACCUGUGUGUGUGUGUGUGUGUGUGUGUGUGUGUGUGUGUGUGUGUGUGUGUGUGUGUGAGUGUGUGUGAGUCCCCGCACUGCGGCUCUCUCUCCGCUCCUCUUCCUCGUCAUGCUCACGCGGGUGCGCUCCGCCGUCUCCUCCAUCAUCGGCGGUAUGAUGGCCUCUGGCGCGAGCGCCGCUGAGCCCCGCGCGGACCUGCCGCUGCGCUUCUCUUACUGCAGGCCGGACUUCCUCGGCCUCAGUCCAGACGAGGUGGAGUGUUCAGCUGACCACAUCGCACGACCCAUCCUCAUCGUGAAGGAGACCAGCCGCCUGCACUGGUCCACCGGAUACGCCGAGGUGAUUAAUGCUGGUAAGAGUGCUCUGAAUGAAGAUCAGGCCUGUUGUGAGGUGGUGGAGCUGAGGAGACGACCUGCAGACCUGUCCAGCCCAAACUACACUCCAACCCCCAGGAGGCGCUCUUCACUGCCCAGCGGAGAAGCCCUGGAAGUCAGAGAGAACUCACUCACAAGUCUGGAAAACACUCAGGAAGAAGAGGUCAUGUACUUCCACUACUGGGCUCUGUUUGAUGGACAUGCUGGUUCGGGUGCUGCAGUCUUUGCCUCUAAGUUUCUACACCUGCACAUUGAGGAGCAGCUCCAGAGUGUGCUAGAGAUCCUGCAGAAGCCUUCACUCCAGCCCCCCACCUGCCUGGGUGAGGAGAACAGCCUCCACCUGCACCCCUCUGGGGGGUCGUCUCAGCGAUCUUUGUCCAGGGCGGCCUCGUUGCGGGGGGCCGCUGGGGCUCCAGGCUCUCCAAACACCGUUGCUCCACGCUUCUUCAUGGAGAAGAAGGUGAAGCAGGAGAGCCUUGUGAUCGGAGCAAUCGAGAAUGCAUUCAAAGAGAUGGACAAACACAUCGGCCGAGAGAGGAGUGUGUAUGAUGUCUCAGGAGGCUGUACAGCUUUGGCAGUGGUUUGUUUGUUGGGAAAGCUUUUUGUGGCCAAUGCAGGGGACAGCAGGGCCAUUAUUGUGCGAGGAGGAGAGAUCAUUCCCAUGUCAAGUGCCUUCACUCCAGAGUCGGAGAGACAGAGAAUUCAGUGUUUGGCUUACAUGCAGCCCCACUUGUUAGGGAAUGAGUUCACACACUUGGAGUUCCCUAGAACAGUUUGCAAGAAGGAGGUGGGGAAGAGAAUCCUAUACAGAGACUACAGCAUGAAGGGCUGGGCAUAUAAAACUGUUCAGGAGGAUGACUUGAAGUUUCCUCUGGUGUUUGGAGAGGGGAAGAAGGCACGAGUGAUGGCCACCAUUGGUGUUACAAGGGGAUUUGGUGACCACGAUCUAAAGGUUCAUGGCACGGAUAUCUCCAUCAAACCUUUUCUCUCCAACUGCCCAGAGGUGAAAGUGUACAACUUGGAGCAGUUUGAGCAUGGAGCUGAUGAUGUCAUGGUUAUGGCAACAGAUGGAUUAUGGGACGUUCUCUCCAACCAGGAAGUGGCUGAGGCAGUUGCUAGUUUCCUUGGAAACUGUGACCCUGACGACCAUCACAGGUAUACUAUGGCAGCCCAAGACUUGGUGAUGAAAGCCAGAGGAGUGCUGAGUGACAGAGGCUGGAGGAUAGCCAAUGACAGACUGGGCUCUGGUGAUGACAUAUCUGUUUACAUCAUUCCUCUAAUGUUUGGAAACAGACCACCACAGCCAAGAUGACCAAUGGAGAGCCAAGGAACAGUAAAGGAGGAAGCGAAGAGCUCCCCUGACUCAUCAUCAUAGAGCCGUUCGGAAUGGCCUGCGCUGGCCCCAAGGCUUUGAAGAUAUAGAGCUAUCACAAGAGCUGUCUUAAGACUUCUGACUCCUCACUGGAGGUCACAGUAGAUUAACCAUAAAUUUAAAGUUUGACAAACUGUAGGACUUCAUAUGUCAGUGUUCUACAAUUGCUAUUCUCAACAACCAGUUCCUAAUAUAUAGUUCAAAAGCUACUGCUCACAGCCUGGUUGUGCUGAAGUCUUCCUAUUGCCUUCUGUUUAUUUAUUCUCUUAACACAUGAUUUUGUCUCUUUCCUCUUGUCCAUUCUGUGAAUGGAACACAAAGGGAAACUAUUGAGAUUUGGAUAACUAGAUUUUAAUGAGAACUGAGAACUGGUGUAAAUAAAUUUAGAGAUGUAUUUGGGGGUGGGGGGCGGGGGACUAACUUCCCAUCCACGAUGUGUGCUCUCUCAUAUGCUCUGGGGGUCCACAUUUCAGUGUGUGUGUUUUCCAACAGCACAAAGCUGAAGAGCAUUUUUGUACAUAUGUAGGAAUUGUGGUCUAGGAUGAGAGACGUAAAGACUUUUUGCUUGUUUCUGGUCAUUUAUUGAUGUAAACGUUCCAUGCAAGAUGCGAAACUCCGUGCAGCUUUAAUUUGAUUUAUUUUAUUUAUUUAAUUUUUUUUUUUACAUUAUCUUUCCAUUAUGCCUGGGGUAUUGUAAGUACUGAAGAAGCACAUAAGAUUCGAUCAUGCGUUUCUAAUAAUGAUACUACAGUCCAAUAAACUCGAAAAACAGAACAGACAUUUUCAACUGUGCUUGCACUACCGGGAAACCUUUGAAUUAUUACUGUGCUCUCCAGCUCUGACAGGUUUUACUGUAUGUCGGGCUCCACAAUGUGCUAUUUGUUAGUUAUCACAACAGCAGCCUUAAUAUUUCUGAUAUCACAGACGUCUUCAAUAUUCAAAUGAGCUUCUAACCAAUCACUGAACAUUUUCCAUUGGUCCAACAAUAAUACAGGCCAGUUGCUAAGCUGUGUUACAAAUAACCAAUGUAUUUUAGCUCUAUGGCAAAACACAAUGCAAUUAUGCAUUUAUCUAUAUCAUGUAAUCCUAACUUAAUUCAUAGAAACUUUACUGCUUAUGUCUUAAAAAGGAUCAUCAGAGGCAGAGUCACCCAGCAUGCUGGCUAGUUACCUUCAGUGGCUAAUAGACGCUUUCGAGGUCAUACCAAAUUAUUUAGUAAAACUCGGGUGAGAAUCAGUGACCGUAACAGUAGCUUUUCCCAAAGUAGUUUUCUAAUGUUGCAUUACUGAACUAGACUGAUUGCACUAACAUCUGACUUAUCUCAGCAGAACAGCACUAGAAAAGUGAAAAGGAAAAAUGAAGGCCAGUCCUGCUCUAAAAGGUGUGGUCACGUUAGUAUUUUAA